AUGGCGUCUUCACACCUGCCUCCUACCCCGGCCUCGUCGACGGACAUCCGGGGCAAAGAGAAGCUUGUGCCUCUUGCUCCAGCUUUCAACCUCCCUCCCUCGGCCUAUGCGGAUGGCAGCGAUAGAGCCACCUCGUCACCUCUUUCAAGUCAUGGCUCUGAUUCAUCGUACCACCCUCAUUCGCCCGUGUCCUUGAACAAUGGAAGACGUAAGUCCACGGCUGCUCAAUCAAGCUCGGCGAAAGCAGACGACACAUUCGCUCUGCCUCCACCACCAACUCGCAAUCGCAAGAUCAUCCAGAUGAAGCCAAAGACUGCUGCUAGCGAGAAGCAGCCAGACCUGGAAGUCGAGGCAGCGCCAGCAAAGGCCACUGGUGGUAGAAAGAAGGGUGGUGCCAAUGCAAACAGCACAGCCGCCAGCCGCAAGGUAGCUCGCAAGACAGCACACAGCUUGAUCGAAAGGCGACGACGCUCCAAGAUGAACGAGGAGUUCGGUGUCUUGAAGGACAUGAUUCCUGCCUGUCAGGGCCAAGAAAUGCACAAGUUGGCAAUCCUCCAGCGUUGCAUCACCGACCUCCAAGCCGACAAUACAGCUGCGAGACAGGGUUCAGUAUCACAGCCUGCCGUUUCUGCUGUGCCUACCCCACAACCUGCUGAUGUCGUCGACCAGCCUAUGGAGCAUGAGGAAGACGAUGACCAGGAGAUGUCGGACACACACCACUCUACCGGUGCUUCAACACCCAACGGCCCACUCCUAUCUCAUACACAAUCUCGGGAAUCUAUCCCAUCCCUGGCCUCUCUGCCCUCCAUGUCUCAUUACGGAUACAAGUCGCCUGCCAUCGCACCAUCCGAGGCCUCAUCCUCACGACACUACAGUAUCUCGUCUGCAUCUGCUCCUUCCUUCUCUCCUUACAUCCACUCGCAACAAGCAUCACCCUUCUUCGCUCCGACUGCAGGUCUACACGAACCAGCUCCCUUCGCACUUACAAGUCCUGCGCUACGACCCCAAGACUCAUCCAUGCACCAAAGACCUGGUGUCGUNGGGGAGGAUGCAAAACUCCGUGACCGUAGAGANAAAGACUUGGACCGCGAGGCCAUGGCUGCUCUGCUCAUGUUGAAUUCGGACAGAAGAACCUUCAAGGACAAGUCUGGUCGCGGCAUGAGUGUGCAAGAUCUGCUGAGCAAUUGA